CAGCUCUAAGGGACAGGGAAAAAUGGGAUGCGAAAAUAACUGAAUUGCAGGCGAGAACAAAACCACUGGAGGCAGGGAAACAGCAGACGCCACAGGCAGCAGGACACAGACGCAACGCCCAGCAAGGCCGACAUCCCGGCAAAACCAUAACAGUUGUCCACCUAUUAAAUGGCAAAUGGGAGUGCGACCGAAGCGGCGGCCACGGGCGCUCCGCAGCAGCAGCGGAUUCCCCAAACGGCGCAGCAGGCGCUUCUGACCGACGGCGGGGUGAACGAUCUCGUGGCGGACGUUUGUCUAAACGGUCGUGCCUCGGACUACUCCGCCAUGAGGGCCUCCACGUCCACGGGCGGCUCGGGAUCGGGAGGAGCAGCACCCUCCUCCUCGUCGUCGUCCUCCUCGUUCUCCUUCAAGCACUUUCUCAGCAGCACGGGCACUGUGACGGCUCCGACCAGCACGGUGACCUCGGCCGCCGUCCAGACGUCCACUGGGGCACGGCCCAAGGUGCCCCAGUCAGCCUCCGCCUCCCACAUGCAGCAGCCACCGGAUGUGAACGGCAGCAGUGCAUCCUCCCGGAUGAAGCGAUCGCCGCGCUUCAGCUCCUUCGACUCGCAGGCGAGUCUGGCGGAGUACGCAGCCUGUGGUAGUGGCUCCUCCCAGUCGCAGCACCGCCUGAGACCGGAUCUUCGGCUGGGCCAUGACGUCGUGCAGGAUGCACUGGACAACGACGACGAUGACCAUGUGGCGCUGGCCCAAGUGCGCAACACCAGCAGGCUGUACGACGAGCGAAUAGAUGAUGACAUUUUCCCAUCGGCCGCCUCCAACCAGCAACCCGCCAUUGGAACGCGCUAUGUGCCUCGCUCCUACUCCAACUACGAUAUGCCGCCACAGCUGCCGUGCCCCUCAUCCUCGCCGCGCCGUCGUCCCUCUGGCAAUCGCGAUCAACGCCCCACACGCCUGGUGCUGUCCGCCGGCCCCAAGAUGAAACUCGACCUGCCACUGGACACGUGCAAUGCAGUGGGUGGUGCUGCUGCCUCCGCCCUGCCAGACUUCGUGCAGGAUCACUUGCCGGACGCUUGGUGCGGCGGUCAGGAUGCCCUCAGCUCGCCCCCCAACUCCCCACUCGGAGCAGCUGAGGCGGCGAGCGGAGCUGUGGGUCUGCUGCCCUCUGCUUUGGCACCCAGGAGCUGCCUACCCAGUGCUGCCCCCGUCCCCGGUCCUCCCGCAGAACCAGCCGCCGGGUCUACCGUCAAAAUGCUGCCCGACUUUCUGUCUGACGGCCCCAUAAUUCACUCGUCUCAGCGACUGGCCGACGUGGCUAUCGGGUUGCCCUCCAAUUCCAUUGACUCGCCUCCCCAGGAGGCGGUGGGCACGCUGCAACUGUCGUCACUGCGUCAGGAGAACGAGCGACUGCAGCGGGAGCUGCAGGAGGCGCGGGCGGAACUCAAUGUCCAGACCCGGCGGGCCAGCGACUUUGAGCAGCAGCUGCUGCAGUUUUCGGAGGCCGCUCGGAGGCGGGAGGCGCUGGCCACGACGACCAAUACCCAAACCACACAGCAGCUGAGGCGCCAGUUGGCCCAAUUAGAGGCGGAGCUAAGCAGCCUAAGGGGCAGUGGCGCCUCUGAUUGCGCAGCAGGUGGCGUUCCAGUGGCGGCUCCUGGCAGAGGAAGCGAGAACGCCGCCAGCAGUGGGAUGAGCAACCCGCGACCGUCCAGAACGCAUCAUUUGUCAAGGGAUCUACUGCGAGCGGCCGAUACUGCAGAGCAGAACUUAAGGCAACUGCUGACUGGCGUGGAGAAUCUGCGCCAGAUGGCGGCCAAUUUGGAGCAGCCGGCCCCGACAACAACUCCCCGAAGUCCCGACCUCUACACCGACUUCAACUGAACUGCCCGGGAUCGACUCUUCGGAGUGGACGCUGUGCUUCAGCUCAGAUCGGUUAUUGUUGUUUGUGUAAACAUUGUAGCCCACGUCGCCGCCUAGAGCUUGUUUUUAGAUGACCCCGCGAAUGUUUUAUGUUUCCGUAUAAUCUGUUGCAUUGGGCUAGGCCCGGUCGAGAAUCUCCGGGAGAAAUGGGAAUGGGGAUGGGCAAUGUGAGAAUCAAAGCGCAAACUCGUGAUGUUGGUUGAUAAAGCAAAAUAUAUAAUUCAUACUUGAUAAAUCGAUAUAGCAUA